AUGUCAGCAAAGGCGAAUGCAAAGCACUUUCUCCGCACCAUCAGAAAUAACCUGUUUCAAGAGCGCUGCCGGAGAAAGGAGUCUCAGAGAAGGAGGGCUCUGGAGGUAGUGGAGGAGACGCACUUCCAUGCUCACAAAAAGACUCUUCCCUCUGCAGAACUCAGUGCUUCAUCACUACCUGGCCCUGAAAACCUGUCUUUCUCAGUGGACAGACCCAUCCUGGAGUCACCCAAAUCAAUAUCUGAAAGCAGAACUGUAGUGCAGAAGAGUGAGAAUAACAGCAAGACACCAGAGCAAGGCAAGACAGAAACUCAGGCAAUAGCGUCUUUUGAAGCAGAUGUGUUAAAAAUGCACGAAUCCAUUAGAAGUAUUCAUAAUGAGAGCAGGUACAUGAAGAAGCAGUUCAACAAGUGGAAGGGCAAAAUGCAAUUCCUUCACAACUGUCAGGAAGACAAAAGCUGCAAAAUAGAGGAAAAGCUCCAAAGCCUGAGAGCAAGCCAUGAAAACUUACAAAUGAAGCUGCAGCAAAUGAAGCAAGACGUAAAGACAAUGUUCCAGUCAUCAGAGCAUCCUUUUGGACAGUGUCAAUAUAUGAUGCAAAGAAAUCCUCAUGUCUUGCUGGAAAGGAGAGUGCAGGGUGGUUUGAAUCCUCCCCAAGCAAGGCCUACUUCCAGAAUAUGUGCAGACUGGAAAUAUUUUAAUCCCUCCAACUCUGCAAAUAGAAUGCAGCUUUUACAGACACCUGAGGUUCCCACUGCAGUGGACUUCACCUUCUCAGAAGACCCACUGGAGUCAGCAUCCCUGCAGAGUGACAGACCUCAGGAUAAAAAACCAAAAAGGAGUCAAACAUAUAUGCCUGAAUUGACAAAAAACUCCCUCAAGGGCAUCAUGAGGAAUAUAGUUCUUACUCCCACUGCAGUGCAGAUACCACCUGAUGAGAAAGAAGUCAGUGAGGAAGUGGAACUGCAGCAGCUAGUGAUGAAACUAAAAGAUGCAUUGUCUCUCCAAGCCCAACCAGUUCAACAGUCUGCUUUGCAGCAGGAAUUCUUCUCUGCAGCUGAACGUGUUAGCAGAUCCUUUUCUGACCUCAUCAACCAAGUGACUUCACCAGCUUGUAAAUGA